GCGCGUUGUUUGACUCCGUCGGAGUUUGACGACGUCUUUGACAGUCAGUGAGAUCGGACGAUUUCUUCAGCAGUGACAGACGUGACAUGGAGGACAGCCUGUCCAGUCCCCCUAGACCGCGGCGGACCCUCCAGCUGGCUAGUGACGGGACCGUGGCCUUCAGCCCGCUGGUGAUCCCCCCGCCGUGCUUCGCCAGCCAGCUGCCCCGGCUAGGCCCCUUCACCCUCCCGGGAACACCGCGCAGCGCGCACGGAGCCUCCCCGGACACGUUCAUGGUGCGGCUACCGAGAAGUCAGAUGGAUAUUUACCCCAAGGGUGACUUGGUGCAGUCGCCCUCCCAAGAUUCUGAGCGGGAAGCCAGCAGCCCUUGGAACGAGAACACCGACCAGAAUCUUACCGAAGUUGUCAGCGAAGUCACGCGGCUACAGGAAGGACAGAACCUAGAGUUGGCGCGACAGAGAGCCCUUCUCACGCAUUUUCAAGAGCAGUUGAUUACAGAGACCGAGAGGGCUGACAAUACUCAGGAAGAGGUGGCCCGUGUCACCAGAAGAAUAUGUCUCGCACAGGACGAGUCCACUAGGAAGAAAGUCUCCUCCGAUGUCUUACAAAAGGAGGUACAAAGCCUAGUGUCCGAGGGGCUGGAGGUAAAAAUGAAAAUGGAAUCACAGAGGAACAAGCAACAUGAUGCAAAAAGGAUGCGCGCGGCAUUCCGAGAGCGCUUGUCGGCCCACAGGCGGCUGGUGGAGGAACACGAGAGCACGGAGCCGGUGAGACAGGAACUCGCACGUCAGCAGGACAGGGUAGCCGCCCUCAACACACAGAAGCAUGAGAUAGAGACUAACCCGGAUGAGGCUGAAGCGCUCACCAGCGGCCAGCGGCAGGCGCGGGUACUGCAGGAGCUGGACCGACUCCGCUCGGAGAAACAACGACUUGAACAGGGCGUGGCGCUAAAGCUGGGUCAGGUGAACCGGGAACAGGAGCGGCAGAUGCAGCUCCGACAGGACAUGGAGGUGCUUAGGAAGCGUAACCACGCCCAGCUGACGCGCCUGCGCAGACGCGUGGACGAGGCUGAGCGGAGGAACCAUCAGUGGAACCAGGAGGCGUGCCGGCUGGAGGAGGCUACUGCGCAGCUGCAGAGGGAGGUGGAACGGGAGGGGGCGUGGACCCAGGAGGGGGACGCUACUGCGCAGAUGCAGGACAACAGGCUGGAGGAAAAAUAACUCACUGUCUCCACUGACUCAGUCACUGCAUGAAAUGUGUUGUGUUGCGUUAUCCAGUUUAGCUUCCAUAUAAAUCUACAU